AUGAGUAUCUUGUGUUGGAACUGUUGGGGGCUUGGGAACCCUCAGACAGUUCUGGAGCUUCACAGUCUGGUGAAGCAAAAGAGACCCCACCUUCUGUUCCUUAUUGAAACAGAGGUGAGAAUGGGAGUUUUACAACGGUUAAGACAAUCGCUGGAUUUUGCUGGAUUAAUUCAGGUUGACCCUGGGGGUCGUAGUGGUGGUCUGGCUUUAUUAUGGACAACGGGGUUGGAUGUGAUGCUCCAAAACUACUCACAGAGGCAUAUCUCAGCGACUAUUUCUUUGGCUUCUUCUAAUUUUUCUUGGACAAUUACAAAGUUCUAUGGCAACCCUGACAGGAAGCUUCAGGAAGAAUCGUGGAGACUCAUCUCCCAUUUUGGUUCCCUGAGUCGCCCAGCUUGGUUGUGCAUAGGAGAUUUUAACGAGAUUGUCAACCAAAGCGAGAAAGUUGGGGGAGCGGUUCGACGUGAAAUCCAGUUGGAUCGAUUUAGGACAACUCUGUUGGAUUGCAAUUUAGGGGACUUGGGCUAUUAUGGAGCAAGAUACACUUGGAGUAGUAAGAGGGACGCUGGGGAGUUUAUCAAAGAGAGGUUCGAUCGUGCAAUAGCUACUACAAGCUGGAGUCUUCAAUUUCCGAAUGCCUCUGUGGAGGUCCUUCCGGUAUGUAACUUAGAUCAUAAACCCUUGUGGCAUAAAUUUGAUAAAGCUUGUGUGGUAUCAGCCCGUCUCUUUUGCUGCGAAGCCAAGUGGAAUAUUGAUGAGGAACACUCAUCGAUAGUCCAGGGAGAACGUCUUUGGGAGAGGUCAUGA